AUGUCGCGGCCGGACAGACCUAAUCAGGCGCAGACCUACAAACUGGUUGUAGUCGGUGGCGGCGGUGUAGGAAAGAGUGCUAUUACAAUACAAUUUAUUCAGAGCUACUUUGUGACUGACUACGAUCCCACCAUAGAAGACAGCUACACCAAGCAGUGUGUCAUUGAUGAUGUACCAGCAAAAUUGGACAUUCUAGAUACUGCUGGCCAGGAGGAGUUCAGUGCGAUGCGCGAGCAGUACAUGCGCUCCGGUGAGGGCUUCCUGCUGGUCUUCUCCGUGGCAGACCAUGCCAGCUUCGACGAGCUAUACAAGUUCCACAAGCAGAUACUCCGCGUCAAGGACCGAGAUGAGUUCCCCAUGCUAAUGGUUGGGAACAAGGCCGACCUGGAGCACCAGAGGGUGGUGUCGCUCGACGAGGCGCACGCCCUCUCGCGUCAGCUGAAGGUCCCGUACAUAGAGUGCAGCGCCAAGGCGCGGAUGAACGUGGACCAGGCGUUCCACGAGCUGGUCAGGCUGGUGCGCCGCUUCCAGGAGGCGGAGAGGGUCAACGUCAAGACGGACCACAAGAGCGGCAGGAAGAGGAAAUGCACCAUCCUG